CCCUCAGCACCCACAACUUUCACCGUUGCCCCCUCCCUAUCCCCCUUCCAAGUGCCCUUGAAAGAUUACCUCUCGUCCCAUCCCCAAUUCGAUGGCAUAGCAUCUGGAGCCCUGGUAUUCAAACCCCCCACCACCUCCUCUCCGCUCCAACUCCUCCUUGUUCAGCGCGCAGCCCACGACAGCAUGCCCUUGCUGUGGGAAAUCCCUGGCGGUGCUUGUGACCACGAAGACGAGACGCUCCUGCAUGCCGUAGCGCGCGAAUUGUGGGAGGAGAGCGGGUUGAAAGCUAAGAGUAUCGAGGAGCAGGUACGCGGCGGGGAUGAUGAGUUGGAUGGGGUGUUUUUUACGCGGAAGGGGAGUCGUUUGUGCAAGUAUAGUUUCUUAGUUGCGGUGGAAGGGUUUGAGGUGAAAUUGGAUGCGAAUGAGCACCAGCGGUACGUUUGGGUUACGGAGGAGGAGGCCCGGGCGAAGAGGUGCGGGGAGGUGGAGUUGGUGUAUACGACGAAGAGCCAGGAGGCCGUCGUAUUCAAGGGGUUUGAGGUUUGGAGAGAG